UUGAAGAUUGGAUUUCUUGGGACCCUUGUGUUUCAACACCCGUUGAGGAAGGGAACUUGGAUGUUUUCGAUCGGAUUGAGACAAGGAUUCUACGAUUUGAACCUGGAUACCGGUGCUGCUUACUUUUUGACAUCUCCGGACGGGGAUCUUAAGGGUCUGUUGAGUGUGCUGGGGUGAAAAUACAUAUACUGCGGCGUGCCUCGCCUUCUGGUCCUUGCUCGCGAUGGUUGCAACAGCGGAUCCGUUAGCAAAGAUGUUGCCUCUUGUCCCGGUCGUUGUCCUGGCUUACGCUGCCUUGUACAUCUUUGCUUAGACCAACAUCCACUGUCUGCAAAUGGCAUUCAAGCUCAACAGCCACCAUGCAGAGCACAAAUGCCUCUGCCUCUCGAACACGCCAUCGAUACCGAGGAGCUCACCGGCCAAAUGCUUCUCCACUGAGGACAUCAACCACAACCACUACCUUUUGGACGCCGUUCCGAGAGACACGGAAGACCAAUCAACCCUCUCGACAUUGCCCGUCUCAAUCCAGAACUCACGCUUGACGUAUCACGAUCCUGCAGGCCAAUCCUCUCGAACACCGCAAAUACAACAUCGAUCAAACUGAAGGAGCAAUGAACGAUGACGAUCGACAACUUCGGACGACAGCACGGGCGCAUUGUCCAUGGAAACCAUGAGAACGAGGAGCAGCGAUGGAAUGAGUUGAUUCAUGAGGGACUUGAUGAGC